AUGCGGCUCUCAUCAGUUUGGAUUUUCAUUGCGAUCACGUGCAUUUCGCCUUCGUAUUGUAAGUGCGGUAUAUCAAUAUCAAAAGGUGUCGAGAUUCAAGUGUCGCAGGAGCGACUGCGCAAAGGCGAUGCGUAUAAUAUUACCUGUUCGAUUGUAGAUCUCGAAGAGGUGCAACGCAAUUGCAAAUCACAUAAGAUUGAUAUACUCGCGAAUAACACGAAAGUGGCCACGAAAUAUAUCAAUGCGACAACCUUGUAUCAUCAAGUUGAUUCGGCUCAGCCACAACACAUAAGCAGCGGAUAUUUUUGUUCCUGCAACGGAGCAGGUCUCGUGGCCAUUAAAUUCCAGAUUGGUGUUCAGCUACACAUCGACGAUUUUGAUUGCCACUUUUUGGAUGAACCCGGUACGCAACUUGUGUGCACAUUUAGUGCGCCGCCUCAGUCCUUCGAUGUGAAUCCACAAACCAGUUAUAAGCUCGAAUAUAAGAGGCGGUGGUGGAACUGCACCACAACAACAACAAACAGCCUUGCAAGGGUGCAAUGCAUUGUGCCCAGUAGCCACUUCAGCAAGUUUGAAUCCGAAUAUAAGCUGACGGUCUCCAUGGACGAUGGUCUAGGUGUGAUGAAUAACACAUUCACGCGAUCCAAGACCGAGUGCACUGUGCUGCCGGCCAUGGAGGAGCUGAGGCAGCUCAAUCGCAGCAGCAACUCCCACUGCCUACAAUAUAGAGAUUUGAGGAAAUCGAAUCAUGAUGGCGCGUGCUGUGAAUACAAUCUGAAAUUGGAGCCAAAUACUACCCACAAAGUGUCGACUGACAAUACAAACCUAAUAAUAUGUCUGUCGCAACUGUUGCCGCACCAGAACUACACGUUAAACGUGAGUCGGCGUCUCAACCAUCCAAAAACACAUUGGAGCGAGGAAGCUGUUUACAAGUUUAGCACAGAUGCCACCAUUCCGCCACGGCCGCCAAAUGUCUGGUCGAAUGGUUAUGUCGUCGAUAGCAGUCGCCGGGAAUUGCUAGUGUAUUGGCAGCCAUUAAAUGAGAGCGAAUAUAAUGGAUUUAAUUUCACCUACAACGUUACUGUGCGCGACAGCCUGGGAAACUUUCAAGUCGGGAAUGCAAACAUUCACCUGGAAUCGAAUACGGCUCGCAUCAGCGGCAUGCCACCGUCGACAUCGGGGAGCGAUACCUAUGUGAUAACAAUCAAAAGCCAAAAUAGUGCGGGACUCUCGGAAAACAGCAGCGACAUUUUGAUAUCCCAGUUGACAAACGCAGAGGAUCGUAAACCGAUUGAUAUGUGCAUCGAAACGGAAACACAGAAAUUGCGUUGGAAAGAACCGAAGAUAACCGACGGUCUCACCUCCUAUACUAUCUAUUCGUGUGAUACCACUAAAGCCGUUCCCGAUCGCUGUAAGGAUCCAUUACGUCUAGCGGCAACGAAUACGAACAGUUGGGAUAAUUAUUUCAUCUUCCAUAAUUCAUAUAAAUAUUAUAAAUGGGCCGUUGCUGGCAACUACAGCGGAUCGACGGCCGCCGGCGGCAUUGUCUGGUUGGAUGAUAAGAAUUCGUGUCACACGAAUGCUGGCGAAUCACCAUUCGACAACCGAAAUGUUCACGCAAUCAUUGCACUGGGCGUUCUUGGCGUUACUUUAUAUUUUCUUAUACGCAAAUUCCGCUACAUGUCGGACAUUAAGGUCGACCUGCCACCUGGUGUUCUAGUCGAUCGGGAGUCGAAUCAAUUGCUACUCACCGCGAUCGAUGACAUUCCCCUCACUCACAGACAGGAUGUAUACAGCGUGACCAUAAAGCCAAUUGUCAUCGACAAUAAAAGCGACAUCACCGAUAAAAAUACCAGCACGGAUAACAGCGCUAACAUUGAUACCAGCGCUACCAUCGAUAACAGCGCUUACAUUGAUACCAGCGCUACCACCGAUAACAGCGCUUACAUUGAUACCAGCUCAACCAUCGAUAAGAACACGUUUAGCAUCGAUAACGUCAAUAAUGCUGGCUACACAGAACUCUCGCCUAUGUUGCUAACGCCACGAUUCAGCGCCACCGAUAACAAAUCGAUAAAUCCUCGAAAUGAACCUGCUGUUAUGGACUACGUUGCGAUGGAUAUGGUGGCAAGGCGACAGCUUCCGGAAUAUGUUAAGCCACCGGGAUUGUAUGCAGUUUUGUAAAUGAUCCCAAGUCUUAAGUUUUUUCACCCACACAUUGUAAAUAACACGAUUGCAUUUAUUUAAUUAAGCUUUUUUUUUUUUUGUAUGCAUACAUACAUACAUGAGUCUCGUAUUUUCGCUACCUCAACAGUAUGUCUCAUAACAAGAUAAGUACGAGAUUUCCUAACAUUUCCCAACGACGAAACAUCCAGAAAAUUGCAA